CCCGACAUGAAGCUUUGGCUGGUGGCUGGCAGAGAGGCCUAAGUUGGCACUAUGGAGGAGAAUGCCAAUGUCCAGGAGACGGGGGACCAGGAAACCCUCCCACCAGCCCAACCUGUUAAGCUGGAGAUUAAGCGACAUGCCAUCACCGAUGAUUACAAGGUGUCAAAGCAGGUGCUGGGUCUGGGGAUCAAUGGCAAAGUGCUGGAAUGUUACCGCAGGGACACCGGGCAGAAGUGUGCACUCAAGAUCCUGUAUGAUAGCCCCAAAGCUCGGCGAGAGGUGGAUUGUCACAUCAGAGCAUCUGAAGGACCACACAUUGUACACGUGCUAGAUGUCUAUGAAAAUAUACAUCGUUCAAAGAGAUGCCUGCUCAUUGUCAUGGAGUGCAUGCAGGGUGGGGAGCUGUUCACUCGCAUCCAGAAGAGAGGCGACCAAGCAUUCACUGAAAGAGAGGCAUCAGAGAUCAUGCGGGACAUAGGAAUGGCCAUACAGCAUCUCCAUGGAAUGAAUAUCGCUCACAGGGAUGUCAAGCCAGAAAAUCUCCUCUACACCCACAAGGACAGCAACGCAGAGCUCAAGAUCACAGAUUUUGGCUUUUCCAAAGAAACAACAGUUCAGAAUGCACUCCAGACCCCAUGCUAUACACCAUAUUAUGUGGCUCCAGAAGUGUUGGGUCCAGAAAAGUAUGAUAAGUCAUGCGACAUGUGGUCACUGGGAGUCAUCAUGUAUAUACUUCUCUGUGGGUAUCCUCCUUUCUAUUCUAACACAGGUCAGGCCAUCUCCCCGGGUAUGAAAAAACGAAUCCGUAUGGGACAGUAUGAGUUUCCAGCACCUGAGUGGAAUGAUGUGUCACAGGAAGCUCAGCAGAUGAUCCAACACUUGCUGAAGACUGACCCAACUGAGAGGAUGUCUAUUACCCAGUUCAUGAACCACCCAUGGAUAAAUCAAUCUAUGGUGGUGCCUCAGACUCCUCUGCACACAGCUCGAGUUUUGCAGGAGGACAAGGAGCACUGGGAUGAGGUGAAGGAAGAGAUGACGAGUGCUUUGGCCACAAUGAGAGUAGAUUAUGACCAAGUAAAGAUCAAAGAUCUCAACUCCUCCACCAAUAAACUCCUCAACAAACGGCGCAAAAAACAAAGUGAUGGAAACCCGAAUACUACCGGCUGUAACAACCAAUAGGACUGUUCCAGGACAAGCAUUUGGAAGAGUGCUGGGCCUGUGGCAACCGGGUCUUUAUGUCAUGUGAUUCCAGCACUAUUGCAUCUCCUGGACUUUUGUUUGUCAUUUUAAGGUCUUUCAUGUAUUGUAGAACAUUCUGUAAGCAGAAAUUCGGAAAAACCCUGUGUACAUAAUAUACAUAUGUAUGUAACAGAAAUGGGUCUUGCUUCUUUACUAAAUUUCAUGGAGGUAAUGGUGGUUGUCACAAGGACUGGAUCAUGAUUUUCUUCAUAACAUGAAGUUUGAUGCAUGCACUAAGUUUUAUGCACUUUCCCUCUUGGUAAUUGAAUAUGCCUCCUAUAGGCACAAGUCUUCACAGAAUGGAGCACAAAGAGUUGCACCUGUUUAUGUAUGGGCAGUACUUGGCUACUCCAUACUUUGCACACUAAUUCAGGACUUAUACAAUAGGUUUAUACAAUAUUUAAGCUUCCCCUGGGAGAGCUACAUCCAGCCUAUCGAUCCUGGUUGGAGUCAAGUGCUGUUUUUUCUAGCUCACACCUCUGUGGUGUACUGUUACAGGGGUUAUUUCUUUCACUAUCUUAAUACCUCUGUCUUGGGGUCCCUGUUUCCUAAUUUUCAUUAAGGGCUUGGUUCUAUUAGGGCACGCUUCUUUAAAGGGGACUCCAUUCUCUCCAGCAGCAUCCACCUUGUAUGGUAGGUGGAUUCCAAAAAGGAAGAGCUCCUGCUCCUGUCUGUAUUAUUAAACAGGAACUGGUCAUAACAUCCCUGGGAAAACACCCCACACAGGGCAUAGGUCACAGAUAGGGGAAUUCCCAAAGCAGUAGGGGAUUUAACCCUGUGAGUCCCUGCAUACAAUUCUAAUACAGUUACAUUCCAGAGUGUUUCACAAAGCAUUAACAUGGAAGACCUUGGUUGGAGACAAAGUUUGCAUAUUUUCGGUGGUAUGGAACAAUCAAUACUAAAAGUCACUGCUUUUUGUCAAAUUAAAUAAAAUGAAGGAACUUGAAACUUGUAA